GCGGCCGGGCCGUGCGGGGCGGCGGCAGCGCCAUGGCCUUCGCGCGGUGGUGGUACGCCAUGCAUGGUGACAAGAAGGCAAGUGGAGCUUCUUCCGAGCCAGGAGAGGAAAAAGCAGAAGUGGCAGAGAAUAAAUCAGUGAGUGCUAAUGUCAGCCAGCCACCCAAGACACCGGCAAGUGGAGCACCUGAUGUUGUUAAGAAGCAGUCCCCAUCAGUGGAUGCAUCAAACCCAAAAAUUAUGAAGCCAUCUGAAAUAAAGCCCACACCAACAACCAAAACAGAAUCUGGAAAAAACACACAGGCAGCCAAGCCAACAAACUCUCAAAAUGAGCAGCUGUCUGAAGAGAGGCAAAAGGGACCCCAUGAUGCAAAAAGCCAGACCUUGCCUUCUGUGACAGCAGCUUCUGAACCAAAUAAUACAGGAAAAGUAACUACAGCUCAAGCUGGCCAGCCUCCACAAGGAACCCCCAAAGAGACAGCAAAGCCCAACUCUGAGAAGGUGUCCAUAGUGGCUGGAACAGCCAGUGCAGGUGCAGCCGGGCCAAGUGUGGUUACUGCAGCUGAUAAGACCAGUCCUGAGCCUGCCAUGGAUGAGACUGCCCUAGAUAGCCUCAUAGAUACCCUGGGUGGACCUGAAGAUGAUGUUCCUUCUAGUCCUGUUUACACUGGCCCAGAAGUUAAGGAAGAUAUAGAUUCAAGAUACUUGGAAGAACUGGGUAAACGGGAAGGUAGCCUCCCUCCAGAGUAUGUUAAAUUGUUGAAGAGCAAAGGGCAUGGCAAAGAUGGAGUCCCACCAAAAGUAGAUGAACAAGAUGAAAAACCAAUGACAGAUGAUGAGCUUGCUGAGGCCCUGUCAUCUGGCUUCACCUCUAGUACUGCUCCUGCUGAAGAAAAGAAGAGUCUGAGUGAGAAACCAAGCAAGGAAGGAGAAAUUGUGCAAGCAAAAGCAGCAAGUUCAGUCAAGGCCUCAGUUCCUCCUAAGGAGAAAAAAACAAAAUCUGAAGAGGAAAUUAAAGAUGAUGCCAUGGAAGCUCUUCUUGAUACUCUUGGAGGACCUGAACCUGAACCUGAACCUGAAGAAGAUCUUAGCCCUGUUGUAGAGGGGUCAGAGGCAAAAGCUAAAGAGAAGAAGGAAGAAAAGCUUGGAGAACGUGAUGAUACGAUACCUCCAGAAUACAGGUUAACACCAGAGCUGGAUAAAGAUGGAAAACCAGUAUUGCCCAAGGCUGAAGAAAAGCCUAAGCCUUUGAGUGAAUCUGAUCUUGUUGAUGAAUUUUCAAAAGACUUUGCUGGCCCAGCACAGCCUGCAGUGCAACCCAGACCAUCAAAGCCCAGCAGCACAUCCAAGAAGCCUUCAGCUCCUGUGCCUGCAGAAAGUACUGAGGGUGAAGUUGUGCCCCGAGCCUCAGCCUGCACCGUGCAGUCCUCAGCUCCCCCAGCUGUGUCUCCAGUUGGUCAUGUGGCAGAUGAAGCCCUGGAAGCCCUGUCCAGUAGCCUGGGACAGAGGGAACCUGAUCCAGAUGAAAAUAAACCUGCUGUGGACAAAAUUAAGGAGAAAACCAAACAGGAAGAACGCAAAAAACUGGGUGAAGAUGAAGAAACUAUUCCUCCAGAGUACAGAUUAACAGAAGCAAAAGAUAAAGAUGGAAAACCACUCUUACCAAAACCUGAAGAAAAGUCCCAGCCUAUGAGUGAAAAUGAUCUUAUAGAGGGUUUGACAGAAGGAUUUUCCUCUUCUCCGUCCCCAUCUGCACCAUUACCUACAUCAACUGCAUUAAAGAAAACCAAGGAGGGUAAAAAGCCUGCGGGUUCCUCGGACCUUAUCUCUGCUGCUACAGUCUCUUCAGUGCACUCAGCCCCUCCUGCAGCUCCUGCCCCAGGAGGAAAAGAGAUGGAUGAAGCCUUGGAUCUCCUGUCUGAUUCCCUGGGGCAGAGGGAGCCUGACCCUGAUGAGAACAAACCAGUUGUGGAUAAAGUAAAGGAAAAGGCUAAAUCUGAGCACAGAGACAAACUUGGAGAAAGAGAUGAUACAAUCCCACCUGACUAUCGGAAGCUUCUGGAGUCAGGUGAGCAGGGAAAACCUUCAAAGCCAAAAGGAAAGGAUGAUGGGAAACACAAAGGAAAAAAGAAGCCCACAGAUGACUCUGCAGCUAUCGAUGCCCUGUCAGGUGACUUUGAUACUUGUGCAAAGGCUCCUGCCACACCACAGCACUCAAAGUGUAGGACAAAAGUGGAGAGGAAGCCAUCACCACUAAGCCGACCCCAAAGGAAAAAGGAAAACCCAAAGACCCUAAAACGGCUAGGGGACAGUCCUCCAGCAGCAAACCUGAGAAGCAGAAAACAAGCUAAACGUUAAUGCUGGGAUCUUAGUGCAUCAUGUAAAACCUCUGCUCUCUGUUGGUGGAUAAUUACUCCUGAAGAACUGAAGCUGAUGCAAAAAUCAUGUGGUUAUUCUGGGUGGUUUUUGUACAGUGAUACUUGCUGGACUUUCUUCAUACUUUCUUUUUAUUUCCCAGUAAUAGAAUAAGGUGGUUGUUUUUUCUCCCCCCUCCAUGCCCACUCAUUUUAUUACACUCAUAUACUUUGACUCUUUUGUAAAUGUCUCCAGUUUUCAGAGGGAAAGAAUGCUUUAUAUUUUCAAUAAGUAUAUUUCAUAAAUGAAUAGCAAUGCCAAAAAAACCCACAAAAAACCAAAACACAAAAAACAAUUCUGCAGACUUUUGCACAUAAUCUCCACGUAGUGCCUGUAAAUCUCAGAAGAAUUUGUAUGUGCUGGCAUUUUUAGCAUUGCAGUGACUGCAUCAGGUAUUCUGGAAUAUAAUGAGCUUUAGUUGUCCUCAGCCUUGGCUUCAGCCUUUCCUCGAGCCUUUUCCUGGUGGGAAACCACAGGUAACCUGUGGGUGGCUGAAGAAUGAGAAACUGGGGAUUUAACUGCUUCAUCAAGCGCAUCUAGUGAUUAAACAGGUAUUUUAGAUGCUGCCUUAACUGUAGGUAAAACAACAAAAACACACCAGAUGAGGAUUUUAGUGUCUUGGUUUUUUUUAAUUUCCAGUGGUGUCUGUACUGUUAUCUCAUAAUUUCAGGAGUCUCCUGGACUGAACAAAUAGAAACCUUGGUGUGAUAAUGACACCUUUACCAUCACAGAAGAGGAGGUCAGGAAGGUCCAUGAGCCUUAGUAGAGAUCAAAGAGAAGUUCAGGUCAACAGGUGGACUUGUUUGUUUUGUGUUGUUGUUUUUUUUUUUUUUAAAUUUGCACUGUUUCUAGUCCUUGCUUCUGUCCCUCUUCCUCCAGAAGGGAAUGCAGGAGCAGGGCAGAAGAUGCUGCCAGGAGCAAUGUCCCAUUCACCUGCUCUGCAGGAGGCCAGGCAGGAGCAGGCAGCUGUGGGGAGGCUGCUGCAGACAGGGCUGUCCUGCUGUGUCCCCGUGUCCUGCAGGACACCUGCCCAUCCUGGCCCCUCUGCUGCUGCAGCCUGAGCUCCCAGAGGAAGGGCAGACCAGCGCUCCUGCUGGCACCAAAACCAGACUCUAGUGUGUAGCCUCGCAGACAGGGACAGCCUGGAGAUCAAAGUUGGGGAUAUUUAGACUUCUGACUGUCCUUGGCAGUCUGUGCUGAGAACCUGUGUCACACUAAUAAAGUUUUUAAGAAUGCUUCUUGGUGCUUGCA